AUGUUCCGUCGGCCGAGGUCACUUCUCAGGUCACUAGAGGUCGCUCGAGGUCAGAUCACAAGAAGUUCAAGGUCAAUUGGGACGCUAAAUGAUUCCGAAGUUGCGAAAUUUGGCGCUAUGAAUCGAGACUGGUGGGAUCAGAAUGGCCAAAACUCGCCCCUUCACAGUCUGAACAAGCUGCGAGUCGGCUACGUCCGCGAUCUUCUGCGCAAAACCGUCUCAAACCCUCCUCCCGGGCUCCCACUUUUCGGAAAAAAGAUCCUCGACGUCGGCUGCGGCGGUGGAAUUCUAGCAGAAGGUCUUGCUCAAUUAGGAGCAGAAGUGACGGCAAUUGACGCUAGCGAAGAGCUCAUUUCUGUCGCCGAAGAAAGAAGGAAGCGAAAAGGGAUUGAAAACUUGACUUAUUUGGAUGUUCUCGUCGAAGAUUUACAAGAAAUUGAAUCCAGAUUCGACCUGGUAAUAAGCUCAGAAGUUCUUGAACACGUCGAAGAACCGUGGGCCUUCGUCGCUUACUGCUCAAAUUUGGUGAAAAAAGACGGCGACUUGGUGUUAACGACGAUCAACAGAACGAUACAGUCGCGAAUUCUAGCGAUAGAACUGGCAGAACGAUUUGCUGGACUCUUGCCCCGAGGAACUCAUGAUUGGGAUAAAUUUGUGACGGUGGAAGAGCUGAUCAUGGAUCUGAGGGAGGUUAAAUUCAGAGUGGAGGAUAUAAAAGGAAUGAGAUGGAAUCCAUUUACAAACGAGUGGCAAUGGUCUAACUCGCUGGACGUCAACUAUCUCCUCCACGCAAAAGAUGACAAAUCCUUCAUGUCCUGA